AUGGGUAAAAAGGACAAAAAAAAGGGAAGGGGAAUAGAAAAAACUGCAAUGAAAACAGAAAAAAAAUUAAGUGCCAAGCAAAAAAAAUAUCUGGCUAAAAUUGGAGAGGAUGACAUUGAAAAAAUUUUAGCACAAAUAGAAGAAGAAGAAAAGAAAAAAGUUCAAAUUAAAGAAAUUCAAAUUGAUAAACCUACAAGACGUGUAAAUUUUUCUUUUGUUGCUCAUCCAUUGAAAGAAGAAUUAUUUUUAUUCGGAGGCGAAUAUUUUAAUGGGCAAAAAACUGUAGUCUACAACGAUCUUUUAAAUUACAAUAUCAGUAAAAAUGAAUGGAUGGUAAUUCAAGCGCCAAAUGCACCUCCUCCAAGAUGCGGGCAUCAAAUGAUUUCUUUAGCAAAAGAAAAAGGACAGUUGUGGUUAUUUGGUGGAGAAUUUACAAGUUCCACACAGAAUCAAUUUUACCAUUAUAAAGAUUUAUGGGUAUUUCAUUUAGGUGAUAAAAAAUGGGAAAAAAUUUCUACUGAUGGCCCAUCAGCUAGAAGCGGUCAUAGAAUGGUUCACUUUAAAAAUCAAAUUAUAAUUUUUGGGGGUUAUCAUGAUAACCUGAGGGAUUAUAAAUAUUUUAAUGAUGUUUAUGUGUUCAAUUUAGAUGAUUACAAAUGGUCCAAAAUAGAACCUUCAGGUAAUCCUCCAGCACCAAGAUCUGGAUGUCAAAUGGUACCUUUGGCUGAUGGUAAAAUUUUAAUAACAGGGGGUUACAGCAAGGAAAAAGUUAAAAAAGAUGUGGAUAAAGGUGUUGUUCAUACCGACAUGUUUCUUCUGAGCCCUGAUAAAAAUGAUACAACUGGAAAAAAGUGGAAAUGGGUUUCCCUUAAACAAGGCGGAAUCGUUCCUACACCUAGAUCAGGUUGUUCGAUAGCUGUCGGGCCGAAUAAUAAAGCUUACACAUUUGGUGGAGUGGUAGAUGAAGAGGAAAGUGAAGAAGACAUUUGUGGAACAUUUCUCAAUGAUUUUAAUGUUUUAGAUUUAGAAAGAAGAACAUGGAAACCAGGUACUCUUUUAGGAAAAAAAGAUUCAGAUGUUAAAAAAAAAAGAAGAAAAGAAAAAACUAAUUCAGAGGAAACUGAUGAAGUUGAAGAAGUUGAGCCUAUGGAAGAGGUCGAGGAAGAACAAAAAAUUACAACUGUUACAGAUGGAGUUUUUACAAUGACAGUUGGUCCUUCUCUAUCUUCUGGUGAAAGUGCUACCGACUUAAAAACAGUUAAUAAUAAAGCGAAUAUAUUUUCACCAUCUCCUAGAAUGAACUCUGGUUUAAUUGUUAAAAAUGGAAAUUUAUUUUUAUAUGGUGGAUUAGUUGAAGAUGAUGACAAACAAUAUACUUUAGCUGAUAUGUAUUCUUUAGAUUUGCACAAAUUAGAUGAAUGGAAAAUUCUUUUAUCUGAUGAAGCAGCCAAUCAAGAAUGGAUACAAUCUGAAUCAGAUAGUGAUGAUGAUGAUGAUGAUGAUGAUGACGAAGAGGAUGAAGAGGACAAAAAUGAUGAUGGUGAUGAUGAUAAUGAUAAUGAAUGUAGUGAGGAAGAAAUGGACACUCAAUAA